AUCAGAGGAAAGCAAACAAAACAACUGAUCUGAUCUGAUCUGCCUUACCUCUCUCUUCAUCUUUCUAUCUACCAUAUCAUAUCAUAUCAUAUCAUACCCACUCCAUCUCUUGAUACUCCUGUUACUACGAUUCUCUCUCCUACAUCCUAUCGUACCUUACUUUUCGUCUACCUUUGAUUGCUUAUCGAAGAGCUCCUGAAGCUGUCCAGACACGGGCUUGGACCCACAGUCAGUGAACCACCUCCACUAAGCUUCACCAUUUCAUAUCAACGUCAUCGGCUCGAAGCGCGAAAGUCCCGUGGUAAUGGCGCAGACAUCAACCGCCGCAGUGCCAACCGGGCCAAUCCAGGAUACGAAACCUCACACGAGCUCCACAAAACUGGAGGAUCAAGCAGCUUUGGCCGCUCUCUAUGUCACCAAGUACGACAACAGCAACGGCAGCCCCAAGAAGAGUGGCAAGGAGUUUCUCGAUAAGGACAACAAAUUGUCUUCUGCUGGCGCCGCAGCUUCUCUCAAAUAUGCCAAUCCCCAGGACCUCCCAAGCUACCCCUCCAGCGGGCUGAAGAAGAACGACUCUGCUGCCGGUGCGGCUGCGAGUUUAGGAUGGGCCAAUCAGAAGUCUUUCGAGCAUUGGAAACCAGACCCAUCCGCCUCAGCGUCUGCGGCAGCGAUGCAAGCCCAUGACUACAAGAUGGCCCCCCUCUGGCAACCCGAAGCAAGCGCGCAUGGCGCAAAGGCUGCCCUUCUGGCGCAUAGAGAUGGAGGAAAAGUCGAGAUAUGGAAGCCGGAAGCAAAGUCGGCAUGGGGAAAUUCUGCUGCGACUCAAGCUAUGGCAAGCCAUCGCCAGGGCGGUCUCUCGCCUCAACUCGACUAUGGACAUACAGACUUGGGUCGUCAGGGUUCGCUCUUAGCAGCAACUGGAGCUAUGGCUUCUAGCAGGAAGAGAGCUCAAUCUAUCCCCAAUAUUGCGCCACAGCCCGAUACAUAUCCAGACGAGUCCAAUGCAGCUGCUAAUGCCCUAAGAGCUGCCACUUCGGCGUCAAAAUCUGGCAGAAAGGGCGAAAUGCCAGAGGCCGGAGCUGUUCCGUACACCAACAUGUCUCGGGAAAUGUAUACUGCUGCUCCUCCAGUUCAGCCCGAGGUCGACGAGAAGAACAGGCAGGAUACUUUAAGGGCUUCUGCGGUUGCUAUGGCUCAAUCAAUGUAUCAGUACCAGCAACGACAGAUUGAUGCUGCCACACACGCUCAGAGUGGAGCUUCCGCUGCUCAUCGAAGAAACUCCUCGCUUGACUCGGCAGAUCGAGCGCAACCUAUGCGCUUUAACAACCUGCAAGAGGCAGCUCAAAAGCUGGCGCAGGAAAGACUGGCUAAGCUACACGAUGAGCAUGCUCAGAAUCGCGAGUACCGUGAUUACUAUUCCAGUAACAAUUCGGCUCCCCAGUCAAGACUUUCACUAAGAGGAAGAAACCGAAACCGUGCUUCGAGCCUGGGAGCUUUUGACGAGGACAAGGCGCAGUCUAACAAAAUCCGAGCUCAAAUGUCACAAUUCUCAUCCAAUUUGUCCCAGGUUAACGCAAAGAAAAGACAACAAGAUCAUGAGAAGUUGAUUGCUGCUGCUCAACGAAACGUUACAAAAAGUCUACAUGGUAUGGACGAGAAGGUGUUUGCCGACACGGGCAAGAUUGCACCAUCUCUAUUGAACGAAUGGGAAGUCAAGGCACAUGCAGCUGCACAGGCUAACAGCGCCACCCGAAUGGAGAAUCAUGGCAAAGUUCAUAUUGGUGGUGGGAAAUUUAUCGAUCAGAGCGAGAUUGACAAGGUUGCAGCCCGAAAUGUUCAACCAGUCUUAGACGAAAUCAACGAGAAGGCGGAGGCGGAGCGAGAGAGACAGGCUGCGCUCAAAGUAGAGCAAGAAACGCAACAGCGAAAAGCAGCUGAGAAGAAGGCUCGGGAGAAGGAACAAAAAGAAAUCGAGAAGAAGCUGAGACAACAAGACAAAGAGGAGAAGAAGCUCGAGAGACAAGAAGAGAAGAAUGCUGCGAAAGAGAAGCGCAAAUCAUUGAAGUCCGAAGGAGGUGGCGGGGGGCUCACAGGUAUUCUUCCUGGCUUCAAGAAAGGAGCAUCUGGUGGAACGGACGCUGGAACGACAACGACUAUCGUCAGUGAAAAGCCGGGUGCAGAACCUGCCCCAGAUCAUAGAGAGGAGCCAACUAUCGCUGAACGUCGAGAAUCUGCUGUUCCGACACCUAUCCGCACUUCAAUGGAAGACCAAGCUAGCCUACGUAUGCGCGAAACUGUCGCCGCUGCAAAUGGCGAUGAGGUAACUCCUAUGUCGGCUUCUUCAGGAUCUCCUAAGGAUAGCAAAGUCAAGAGUUGGCUCAAGACCAAGUUCUCUCGUCGUAUGAGCAAGGGCCAGAAAUCUCCCGGUCUCGAGAAGGAGAACAGUGCAGGAAGUGGAUUUGUCGGUGGCGCAGCUUUGACGGGAGCGAGCGUAAACAACAGCACCACAUCCUUGGGCGGAAAGAGCUCUUCUGUUCGUGAGGUCGCGACAGCUGGAACGUCUUCUGCUGCUCCAGCAUCUACAAGUGCCGCCACCGAGCCCACUGUUGAUCAUUACGGACUCGAGACACUCGACAAAUCUCCCACGCACAUCGAGUCCGAUCCGGAGCUUGAAGCCGACUCAGAUACCGGAUCUGAUGUCUCAUCGGUCCACAGAGCUGCUGCCCUGCCCGAGCCAUCCAGAGCCAGCGAGUCAGUACAAACUACAGAGUCAACAAAGGCUGCUGCCACAGAGACUGGAACUGAAGAGAGAGGCAGACCUGUCAGCAAGAUCAGUACAGUCAGUAGCAUGGGACGCGAGGACGACGAAGAGUUCCAGGAGGCAAGAGAUAACUUUGACGAAGACCUUGCACCACCUCCUACUUUCCCUGCUGAGAAAAGUACCAGUCCAGCAAGAACUGCGAAGUUUACGGAGAAUAUCUGAGGGGUGGCACUUGAAAGGCAUGCCGCACAGGGGAGAGAGAAUGAUGAUGAUAUACUAAGAUUGUGCCUGUACUACUUAACGGUUCGUGUUUUUGGGAGCUAUUCAAUUCUAGCGCGGGGUUUUACGUUCGUGUCUGGGAAGGUGGCUAGGAUGGGAACAUGGUAAUAGCCUACGGGCUUCCUUGAUUUGGAUUGGAAAGGAAAGGAGGGAAAGGAGGAAACGGUCGAAUGUUCCGACUUGAUUGAACGAUUUUCCGGUGAUCGUGGUUGUAUUAGUCCUGCCAUCUCCUGUGCUUGUAUAUAUCGAGAUGAGAUGUGGACACUGCAAUAAUAAUCUAAUGCGUAGAAAAGUUUAUAAAUUUGGUUUUGAC